CCCGCUGCCCCACGCUUGCCGCUUCCUGGGAUGCCGCAGGCGGGGCCCUAACUCACAGCCUCCUCACCGGGGCUGGUCUCCGCGCCUGCGACUUCGACUGGGAGGAGCUUCUGGCGCCACCUGCUCCAGGAUGCGCCGGGCCGCCGGGGACCGGGUCGCUGCGCUCGGCGACUGCCGCGCUCCUCGGGGAACCGUGAGGGUUUGAGUCUGGGAUCCAGGAGAGCACCAGAAUCUGGUGAUUUAGAAGAGAAGAUUGAACAACCAAGAUGAAAACCCCUGCUUUCUUUACCUGAGGUGUGGCCCUGAUGGAGGUGAAGAAAUCGCUUCUAUUGGCAUUUGAAGUUCAGCAAGAAAUAUGGAAGUGUACUUAGGCGAGGAGUACUGUGGAACCAGUAGGGGCAAGAAUGUUUGUACUGUCCUGGAUGACAGUAAACACGAAAUUAUUUUCUACAAAAAUUACUUAAUAUUGGCAUCCUCCACUCAUGCCUGUAAAAUAAAGUUGCACUCCUUUGGUGAAAGGCAGUGUGUGUUCAUCAGUAAAGUUGUGAUACACAUGAGAGCAGUUUCAGCAAAUUAUUCAACAAGCUCUCCUGCUCUAAAAUCAAGAAUAGACCUAGACAGGAUCCAAACCAUAAUGGAGUCCAUGGGGUCAAAGUUAUCUCCUGGAGCUCAGCAGUUGAUUAAUAUGGUUAGGUUUCAGCAGUGGAAUUGUAUUCCUAUUGAAGAGCAGCUUCAUUUGGUGUUGGGCAAUACUGGAUACAAGCAUAUGAUUGGACUACAAUGCUCAUCUGCCUUAGGAGCCUUAGACAAGUCAUCCUCCACGCCUUUCCCUUUUAGAACUGGAUUGACAUCUGGAAACGUGACUGAAAACUUACAAGCGUACAUUGAUAAAAGUACACAGGCAUCUAGUGGAGAGAAUUCUACAAAGCUUGAUGAGUGUAAAGUUGUGCCACAAAACCAUUCCCUUCUUGAAAAUGAUCUUAAAAAUGCAACAUCCCCUUUCUUACCAAAGAAAGCAAAUGACAGCUCAAAUAUACCUAACUCUGACAAGACUAAUAAAGAAGAAAAGAGAGAAGAAUCAAAUAGAUGCAAUAAAAAACGAAAAAGGGGAUAUCACCACCGAUCCCACAGAAAUACAAUCUAGCAUCAGAGAAUACUACAAACACCUCUAUGCAAAUAAACUAGAAAAUCUAGAAGAAAU